AUGCCUCCCGUAGAGGGACAAGCCUACCAUCUCGACAAGGAGCGGCACAUCAAAUAUUGGAAACGGUGCGCGCAGAUCCUGCCCGAGCCGUACACGGCCGGCGAAUCCAGCCGCAUGAGCUUUGGCUUCUUCAUCGUCGCGGCGCUGGAUCUGCUGGGCGCGCUGGACACGGUCGUCCCCGCGACCGAGAAACGCAGCUGGAUCGAAUGGAUCUACGGCUGCCAAGUCGUGCACACGGGCGGCUUUCGCGGCUUCACGGGCACGAUGAUGGGCGGGCUGCGCAGCUACCAUAAUUGGCAUUGGGACCCGGCGAACUUGCCCAACACGUUCUUCGCCCUGGCUACGCUGGUCCUCCUGGGGGAUGGCCUGGGGAGGGUCAAGAAGAGGGAGUGUCUCGCGUGGGUGAGGAGCUUGCAACGGCCGAAUGGGAGCUUUGGCGAGUUUCUGGGCGAAGACGACGCCGUCGAAGGGGCUGAUGAUCCGAGACACUGCAUGUGUGCGGUGGGCAUUAUGAAAAUCCUACAAGGCAUAGGAGGGAAAGGAGGUGGGCAGACGGGAGAAGACCACACGCCCUUCGACGAGCUGGGGUUGCGACGAUACAUUGCAAACUGUCAGUCGAUAGAGGGUGGAAUCGGUCAAGCCCCUUUGCUAGAACCGCACUCUGGGCUGAACUAUUGCGGAAUCGCGACGCUCUCGUUUCUCAGCCUUCUUCAGACUCCCGCGGUGUCGAUGGACGAAAUGGCCAGACAAGCCAAAGUUGACCUUGCCAGCUGUACCCGGUGGAUGCUGGACCGGCAAACCACCUGGAUCGAAGAGCAAGAGGACAAAGAUGAGAAUGACGACGAUGACGAAGGUCAACCCGAGGACCGACCCGCCCCAGAGCAGCAAAACAAACACCUUGAACCCCAGCAAUCAUUGUUUGACUUGUCUCCGAUGCAGGAACGUCUGGAGUCCGAGACACUGAUUGCCGGCUUCUGUGGCCGCUGUGGAAAGAUGGCAGACACGUGCUACUGCUUCUGGAAUGUGGGAGCCCUUGCAAUCCUUCGCCGACAUCACCUGGUCGAUACCGAGGCAAUGCGACGAUAUCUGCUGGGGAAAGUCACACAUAUAAUUGGCGGUUUCGCCAAGGGACCCGGAGAACUUCCUGGUGAGUGGGCUCCGAGACUGCCAAAUAGAGUCUUCGCAGACUCCGGCUCACUGCAAGCCACCACAGAUCUGCUGCACUCCUAUCUCGGCCUCGCGACGCUGGCCAUAUACAACGAGCCCGGGCUGAAGGCGUUCGAUCCGACUUUCUGCAUGAGCGUCGAGGCUGUCGAAAGAUUGAACAAUCUGGGAUAG